ACACGAACAGCUUCCAGGCAUUGUUGUCCUGCGCGCGCGCUGCGAUUGUUCUCUGUCCGCUCGGCUCUUUCAGUCUCAGGCCUUGGUUUCAUCCAGACCAUGCUCUGACCCUAGCGCAACCAGAACAAAACCCACGCACCACCCGCAUCCCCUAAGCAAUGCCUCACCACCACCUUCACCACCAUCAUCACCACCACCACUAAAACACCCAAUACCAGAACCAACCGCCCAAAAUGACCACUCCUACCUCAGAACCAGCACCCACAACACCCACCGCCCCUCUAACAACACAAUACCGCGCAUACCAACCGUCACACUCCUCAUCGCACUCAUCGACGCCAUCCCCACGCCCGGCCUCGCCGCCGCUCGACCCCUCCAACCUGCCCAACGGCGAGAAAUCGCUAUCGGGGAUCUCCCUCCGCGCGUUCAUACUAGGCACAACACUGGGCCUGACAACAACUCUCACCCUACACCUCCUGGUAAUCACACAGACCCCGCUCUGGCGCCUCCCGUUCUUCCUAGGCAGCCUCAGCCUCUUCCACUUCCUAGAAUACUACACGACAGCAGCCCACAACCCGCGGUUCGCAACGGUGUCCGCCUUCCUACUCAGCUCAAACGGAUGGGCCUACAACGUCGCGCACGGCUCAGCCCUGCUGGAAUGCCUGAUCACCUACACGGUCUUCCCGCACACGACCCCGCGCACCUACUACCUCCCCUGGCCGGCGGCGGCCCCAGCAGCAGCAAGUACACCAAGAUGGGCGCCGGCGCCGCUCACAACCGAAAUCAACCCCGCGAUCCUUCUCGGCCUCGUCCUCAUGAUCGUGGGCCAAACCACCCGCUCCGUCGCCAUGGCCCAGGCAGGCAGUAACUUCAAUCACACCGUGCAGGUGUCGCGGCGCGAUGACCACCGCCUCGUCACCACGGGGAUCUACCGCGUGCUGCGCCACCCGUCGUACUUCGGGUUUUUCUGGUGGGGUAUCGGCACGCAGCUGGUGCUGGGCAAUGUCGCCUGUCUGGUGGGCUAUGCGCUCGUGCUGUGGCGGUUCUUCAGGUUGCGCGUGCGGAGGGAGGAGAAUUACCUCUGUGCUUUCUUCGGAGACCAGUAUCGCGAGUACAGGAAGAGGAGCUGGGUGGGGAUUCCUUUUGUCUGA